AUGGCUCUCAGCAUCACACAGCAGCCGACCGAACUGGAUUAUGAUCGUAAAGCUGAGCUCAAGGCAUUUGACGAAAGCAAAGUAGGUGUCAAAGGACUGGUUGAUGCCGGAAUCACGGAGGUUCCUCGAAUAUUCCGUCUACCUUCACCUGAAAUCCUGAAAUCCAGCCAACAAUCGUGUCCGGAGGAAAGUCUUCCGAUCAUUGAUUUACAAGGAAUCCACGUAGAUCCGAUCCGAAGAAAGGAGGUCGCAGAGAAAGUGAAAGAUGCAUCGGAGCGAUGGGGAUUCUUUCAGAUCGUGAAUCAUGGAAUUGCAAGUAGCGUUUUGGAGGAGAUGAUAAAAGGGGUUAUAGCGUUUCAUGAGCAAGAUGCAGAGGUUAAGAAGCAAUGGUACAGCAUGGCUAUCAAAGGGGAUYCUCCAGUGGUUUUCAAUAGCAAUUUUGACUUGUAUGUUUCACGUGUAGCCAGCUGGAGGGACUCUCUCAUCUGCAGCAUGGUUCCUAAUCCUCCCAAACACCAUGAAAUGCCUCCUAUUUGCAGAGAGAUCUUGCUGAAAUACUCGGAUGAAGUGCAUAAACUUUCRGGUCGGAUACUCGAGUUGAUAUCCGAGUCUCUUGGGCUCAACCCUAGUCACCUCACAGAGAUGGGGUAUGCGGAUGGACUUUCCGUUAUCGGUCAUUACUAUCCUCCGUGCCCGCAACCAGAGCUGGCAAUCGGCACGACUGACCAUACCGAUAAGACCCUCUUCACGAUUCUUCUGCAAGACCAUAUCGGUGGUCUUCAGGUCUUGUACAAGAACCAGUGGAUCGAUGUUUCUCCAAUUCCAGGAGCUCUUGUUGUGAACGUCGGAGAACAUAUGAAGCUACUUACGAAUGGCAAGUUUGAGUGCGCGUCACACAGAGUUUUAGCGAAAAAGGUUGGUCCAAGAAUAUCAGUGGCAUCGUUCCUUAAGGUACCACCGACACAAUCCUCUAUGGUCGUUGAACCUAUCAAAGAGUUGCUUUCGGAGGAGAAUCCAGCCAAGUAUAGAAGCACGACCGUGGGAGAAUUUACGAACUAUUUCCAAACAAAGGGACUCAAUGGUGUUUCUGCUGCUUUGCAUUUCCAGAUCUAGAAAGAACAUCAAGAACCAAGAUUGGAUGCGCAAGAAAAUUUAAUCUUUUAUUUUAUGAUCUAUAAGAAAAACUAUACUUGGAUUAUGGUUUUUAUUCCUGAAAAU